CCUUUACCAAUUUUAGCAACCCAAAACCAAACUCAUCCUCUUUUCAUUCUCUCCCUUACUCUUUUCUUGUUUUUUCUUUUCUGUUUUCGCUUCUUUUGAACAAAUAAUCUUCUUCAAUCUCCUUCUUUUUGAUCAUUUGAGGCCUAGUGGAGGAUUCAAUCAAAACCAAACUUUUUUCUUCAAAAAGAGAUGGACAAUAAUGUAUUAGACAAUUUAAUUGAUAGACUCUUGGAUGGAAGAAAAAAUAAAGGCAAAAGGGUUCAGUUAAAUGAAUCUGAAAUUCGUCAACUUUGUAUAGUUUCCAAAGAAGUUUUCUUAAGCCAACCUAUUCUUCUGGAAUUAGAAGCCCCUAUGAAUGUCUGUGGUGAUAUACACGGCCAAUUCUCGGAUUUGUUACGGCUAUUUGAAUACGGUGGAUUCCCACCGGAGUCGAAUUACUUAUUCCUCGGAGACUACGUAGACAGAGGAAAACAAAGCAUAGAAACAAUAUGCUUACUCUUAGCUUACAAAUGCAAAUUCCCAAAUAACUUUUUUCUUCUUCGCGGUAACCAUGAAUGCGCUUCCAUUAACAGAAUCUACGGAUUCUACGAUGAAUGUAAACGUCGGUUUAGUGUUCGUUUAUGGAAGAUUUUUACGGAUUGUUUCAACUGUUUGCCAGUUUCAGCAAUCAUUGACGACAAGAUAUUAUGUAUGCAUGGUGGGCUUUCACCUGAAAUGGAAAGUAUGGAUCAGAUAAGAGCUAUUGAAAGACCGGUAGAUGUUCCAGAUCAAGGUCUAAUAUGUGACCUCCUCUGGGCUGAUCCUGAUAGAGAUAUUAAAGGUUGGGGUGAGAAUGACAGAGGUGUUUCUUUUACUUUUGGAGCUGACAAAGUUGCUGAAUUCUUGAAGAAACAUGAUCUGGAUCUCAUUUGCCGUGCCCACCAGGUUGUUGAAGAUGGCUACGAAUUCUUUGCGGACAGGCAAUUGGUUACAAUAUUUUCAGCACCAAACUAUUGCGGAGAAUUCAACAAUGCAGGUGCACUGAUGAGUGUAGAUGCUAGUUUGCUGUGUUCCUUUCAAAUCCUAAAACCGUGGAAGGCAAAGACACUUCAAAUGGAGUAAGGAUUUCUGCCAGUGAGACGAUGGAAAAUAGAGAGAUACCUCAACAUGGUAGAAGGAAAUUUCAUUCAGAGACAAAAGUGUCUUUCACAUCUCGGCGACAAAGCCCCUUUAUUUUGUUCUUUUUCUUCUUUUUUUUUUUUUUUGGUUUGUUGCGGAUCAGUAGUGUAUAUAAUUCCUAACAGUAAAGGAAGCUAAAGUAUGUGGUGAUUUGGUGAUUUGGAAAAGAAGAAAAGUUCAGCUGCUUUGUAACCCAAAUAAAUAAAAGGCAUGUUGAAACAAA